UGGCUGAGUGCUGGCGGGACUGGGAAUGGUUGGCACUGGGAGGUUUCGGAUAACUCCACCCGCCUCCUCCUCGCAGCUCCUCCUCCCAGUGCACAGCCCAGCUGGGAUAUAAGCAAGUCACUCAGACAACCAGGAGCAGCCGAGACAGCUGGGUGGGUGGCGUGGGACGCCGAGCUGUGCCCUGUGCCGUGUCCUUCGCCUCGACGCCGGCCCCCAUGGCGACGCCUUCGCAGAAGAGGAGCACCCGCAGCGGGACUUCGGGGACCCCCUUGUCCCCCACCCGCAUCACUCGCUUGCAGGAGAAGGAGGACCUGCAGGAGCUCAAUGACCGCUUGGCCGUCUACAUCGACAAGGUGCGCUCGCUGGAGCUGGAGAACGCCGGCCUGCGGCUCCGCAUCACCGAGUCCGAGGAGGUGGUGAGCCGCGAGGUCUCGGGCAUCAAGGCUGCCUACGAGUCGGAGCUGGCGGAUGCCCGCAAGACCUUGGAUUCGGUGGCCAAGGAGAGAGCUCGGCUGCAGCUGGAGCUCAGCAAAGUCCGGGAGGAGCACAAGGAGCUGAAAGCCCGGAAUGCCAAGAAGGAAGGGGACCUGCUGACUGCCCAGGCGCGGCUCAAGGAUGUGGAGGCUUUGCUUAACUCCAAAGAGGCUGCGCUCUCCACAGCGCUGGGCGAGAAGCGGAAUCUGGAGACUGAAGUGCGGGACCUGAGGGCACAGGUGGCCAAGCUGGAAAGCGCCUUGAACGAAGCCAAGAAGCAGCUGCAGGAUGAGAUGCUGCGCCGCGUGGACGCCGAGAACCGGCUGCAGACGCUGAAGGAAGAGCUUGAAUUCCAGAAGAACAUUUACAGUGAGGAGCUGCGGGAGACCAAGCGCCGCCACGAGACCCGGCUGGUGGAGAUCGACAACGGGCGGCAGCGGGAGUUUGAGAGCAAACUCUCCGAAGCCUUGCAGGAGCUGCGGAGCCAGCACGAAGCCCAGAUCCGCCUUUACAAGGAGGAACUGGAGAAGACCUACGGGGCAAAGCUGGAGAAUGCCAAGCAGUCGGCCGAGAGAAACAGCAACAUGGUGGGUGCUGCCCACGAGGAGCUCCAGCAAACCCGCAUCCGCAUCGACAACCUCUCCUCUGAGGUCAGCCAGCUGCAGAAGCAGUUGGCUGCCAAGGAGGCGAAGCUGCACGAUUUGGAGGAUAUUUUGGCCAGGGAACGGGAGACCAACCGGCGCCUGCUCUCCGACAAGGAGCGGGAGAUGGCCGAGAUGCGGGCACGCAUGCAGCAGCAGCUGGACGAGUACCAGGAGCUGCUGGACAUCAAGUUGGCUCUGGACAUGGAGAUCAACGCCUACCGCAAGCUGCUGGAGGGCGAGGAGGAGCGGCUGAGGCUGUCCCCCAGCCCCUCCUCCCACAGAGGGGCCUCCCGUAGCCACUUGUCCACCCCGGGCUCCUCCAAGAAGAGGAAGCUGGAGGACAGCGAGAGUCGGACCAGCUUCUCCCACCACGCCAGGACAAGCGGCCGCGUCGGCGUGGAGGAGGUGGACUUGGAGGGCAGAUUCGUCCGUCUCCGGAACAAGUCCAACGAGGACCAGGCGAUGGGGAACUGGCAGAUCAAGCGACAAAAUGGAGAUGACCCCCCCAUCACCUAUCGCUUCCCCCCGAAGUUCACUCUGAAGGCUGGCCAGGUGGUGACGAUCUGGGCCUCGGGGGCUGGGGCGACCCAUAGCCCCCCCAGCAAUGUGGUGUGGAAAGCCCAGAGCAGCUGGGGCUCCGGGGACAGCCUGCGCACUGCCCUCAUCAACUCCAACGGGGAGGAGGUGGCCAUGAGGAAACUGGUCCGCACCGUGAUCAUCAACGAUGAAGAUGAGGAUGAGGAUGAAGAUGAAGUUAACAUCCACCACCGCCACCACCACGUGAGCUGCUGUGGAAACAACUACAUGGGAGAAGCCAACAGACCUGGAGAUUUCUGCUUAGAAAAAAAGCUCUGGAGACCUUCCCAGAAUCACAGAAUCAUCUCAGUUGGAAAAGACCUUGAAGGUCACCUAGUCCAAGCAUUAACCUAACAUUGAGAGUUCUCAACUACGCCUUGCUGGAAGUCAUCUCCAACCCUGAGCAACCUCGACCUGCUGCGAAAAGGGCUGGAGGAGCCGGGCGGGAGGCUGAGCUGGUGCCUCGUGUCGCUUGGAGGUGGAGGACGGGAUGGUGGGAACUUGAUGGACACUUCUCCGUGGCAGCUGCUCCAUCCUCUUCGCAAGGGUGAGGGAACAAAUCCAGGGGUGACUUUGUCUUUCAGCCCAUUGUUCCCCUCACAGAGCUGAAAUACCACAGAACCCCAGAGUCAUCCGGGUUGGAAAAGCCCCUGAAGCUCCUCCAGCCCAACCAUGACCCUCCCCCUGACCCUUCCCAACUCCCCCAGAUCCCUCAGCGCUGGCUCAG